AUGGCGCAAAAAAUUGAGUUAACAAAAAUUAAGCAAAGAAAAAGGAUAGCUAAGAGUGGUUUCACGCGAGUGGAAACUUUCUUAAAUACGUUAGAUGCAGAGACUGUUGAUGUCGAGGUGGUAAAGUUGCGAUUAACUAAAUUAGAGGAUUGUUGGAAGUCGUUCGAAGAAAGUCUAACUGAUCUAGUGAGUUACGAUGAAACGUUAACAGAUGAGCAAGCCGAUGAAGAGUUAAUAAUCCACGAAGAAAAAUACAUGAGCCUAAAGUUAAGAGGAGAAAAAAUAAUUAAAGAUCGCGUGAAACCAGUCUCAGUCAGCAGUGCGCUUAACCUAGCUGCAGAAGUUUCGGAAGGCGUCGGGACGCGAAUAAAUGAAAGUCACGUAAGAUUGCCCAAGAUAGAUUUACCCGUCUUUUCUUAUGAAGAAUGGCAUUCUUUUUUCAACACAUUUAAUUCUCUAAUACACUCCAAUAAGUCGUUAAAUGAUAUUCAAAAAUUCCAUUAUUUGAAAUCUUCCUUAAAAGGUGAGGCAGCUGAAACUAUAGCUUUAUUAGAGAUCUCGGAAAUUCAUUAUAAGGAUGCUUGGCUCAGGCUAAAAGAAAGGUACGACAACGAGCGUCUCGCUGUUCAAAAUCAUAUCAGAGCAAUAUUUGAAUUACCUGUGUUGAAAAGGGAAAAUAGCGUAAUGUUAAGAAGCAUAUUAGAUGGCACAUUGAAACACACUAGAGCAUUAACCGCGUUAAAAUGUCCCACCGAGUCUUGGGACGAUUUGCUGGUAUACAUAAUUACUAGUAAAUUGGAUUAUAUAACAAUAAAGGAAUGGGAAGCUAGUUUGGAGGUCCAAGUAUUGCCUAAAUUCGCAGAACUAACUGACUUUCUUACGCGAAGGUGCCAGAUGUUGGAAGCCGUAGCCAGGAGAAGCUUAUCCAUGACACCGAAUGUUAAUUCACGUCAAACGAACCCGGGAAAGGUGUCGAUGUCUCAUGCAGCUGUGACGAAUGUUAAGUGUUUGCAUUGCAAGGGCGAUCAUCAGGUUUACCAAUGCAAUAGCUUUAAGGAGCUUUCCAUAGCGGAGCGUUUGAGCAGUGUAAGGGACUUAAAGUUAUGUUUGAAUUGUUUUAAGGGAAAACAUUUUGCAAAGGAUUGUUCGGCUGGCGGUUACAAAAAAUGUACUAGAAAGCAUAACACUUUGUUGCACGAAGAUCGCGACUCAUCAAAGGAGGUUAAGGAGGAUUCGACGAAACAAAAUGUAAUUCAAGAGAGCACUUCGGGCAAAGCGGUUAAUACCAUAUGUACGCAUUUACAAUCAAAAGAGAUUGCGGAGUCCCAUCAGGUGCUGUUGUCCACGGCUAUAAUUAGAGUAAAGAACCACAAAAAUCAAUAUAUAGAAGGCAGGGUACUAUUAGACAAUGGAUCCCAAUCUAAUUUCGUAACCGAAGAUUUUGUUAAAAGGCUAAAUUUGAAAACGAUUGACAAUAAAGUUGAGAUAAAAGGAAUAAAUCAACAUAUUUCUCAUGCCGUGAAAUCUUUAAAUUUGGAGAUAACUUCUCGUUUUGGUACGCACAGUUUAGAUUUACCAUGCAUAGUGCUUCCUAAGAUUACUCAAACUUUACCGACCAUUGUAGUAGACACAACCCCUUUGAAAAUACCAAAGAAUAUUCGAUUGGCCGACCCGCAGUUUGAUAAGCCGGGCAAGAUCGAGUUGCUUAUAGGCGCGGAGAGGUUUUGGGAGUUAAUCUGCGUGGGGCAAAUAAGGUUGGGAAAGCGAAUGCUGAUAUUGCAAAAAUCGCUAUUAGGUUGGCUUGUAUCGGGGCCGACAAAGGGAGAAAAGGCGGAGAAAAUAGCUCAGACUAGUUGUAAUUCAAGUAUAAUGGAGGAGUUAAAUAAAACAAUGCGUAAAUUUUGGGAAGUAGAGGGAUAUCGGGAAAUGAAAAAGUUAGAACCCGAAGAAGAAUAUUGUGAAGAGCACUUUAAAGCAACCCAUGCACGCCAUACAAAUGGUAGAUUUAUAGUAAAAUUACCGGUCAAAGAAGAAAUAUUAAAGUCUUUAGAUGGCUCCAGAGAGGUAGCGUUAAAAAGAUUUAUAGCUUUAGAGCGAAAGUUUAUUAACAAACCGGAACUAAAGAAAGAAUAUGUAAAAUUUAUACAGGAUUAUUUACAGCUGGGUCAUAUGAGAAAUGUAGUUGAUCCCGAUAAAGAUAAGCUGAGAGUCUUUUUACCACAUCACGCAGUAAUAAAAGAGAGUAGUGCUACCACAAAAACAAGGGUAGUGUUCGAUGCAUCCAGUCAGUAUUCAAAAGGUAAAUCUUUAAACGACGCGUUAUACAAGGGUCCUGUCAUUCAGUCGGAUUUAUUUGACCUAAUUAUACGAUUCAGAUGUUAUAAAUACGUUUUGUGUGCGGAUAUAUCAAAAAUGUACAGGCAGAUUUUAGUGCAUGAAGAACAAAUUGCGUUGCAAAGUAUUCUGUGGAGAGAAGAGCCCGAAUCAAAGAUAGAGGAAAUGGAAUUGCUUACUGUAACUUACGGUACAAAACCGGCUUCUUCCUUGGCCACUAAAUGUUUAUACCAAUUAGCCGAAAGUGAAAAGGUAAAUUAUCCUAAAGCUGCGAAAAUAGUUUGCAGGGAUUUUUAUAUGGACGACUUACUAACCGGGAGUAAUACUAAAUCCGAAAUUAUAGAACUACAAAAAGAAUUAACGGAAUUGUUAGCGAAAGGUGGUUUUGAACUACAUAAAUGGAACUCUAACAUAAUAGAUCAAGAGAACAAUAUAAAAACAGAAAGUAAAGAGGUAGACAUUAGUAAGGACGCGGAAUCUAAAUUAGUAGGUAUAUUAUGGAGUCCAAGCAAAGAUACUUUUCGAUACAAGGUAUCAUUAAAGGAGGGCGAAACUCGUGUAACAAAAAGAGUUAUGCUAUCGCAGAUUUGCCGAUUAUUCGAUCCUUUAGGUUUAGUGGGGCCAGUUAUAACGUUAGCCAAAAUACUUAUGCAGGAACUAUGGAGUUUGGGUAUAGAAUGGGAUGAAUCCCUCCCUAUGCAUCUUCAUAGAGCAUGGGAUCAAAUGAAACUACAAUUAUAUUUACUUAACGAGUUAGAGAUACCUAGAUCGGUAAUCCCGGGCAAAACGAAUUCACAAAUACAAAUACACGGUUUUUGUGACGCCAGUGAAAAGGCUUAUGAAGCCUGUGUAUAUUUACGGGAGCAAGACGAGCGUGGUCUUUUAACAGGUUCCCUACUGUGCUCAAAAUCAAGAGUAGCGCCUAUGAAGGCACUAUCAUUGCCUAGACUAGAAUUAUGCGGUGCAGUGCUACUGGUAAACUUGAUGGAUAAGGUAAUAAAUAGCUUGCAUUUGCAGAUACACCAGAAAUUUUACUGGACAGAUUCAAAGAUAGUGUUAGCAUGGAUAGGUUCCUCGUCCAGAAAAUGGCAGGCGUUCGUGGCAAAUAGAGUUAGUGAUAUUCAUGAUAAGUCUUCACCUUCAGAUUGGCGACAUAUAAGUUCGAAAGACAACCCCGCGGACUUGAUUUCCAGAGGGGCCACCCCCGAGCUAUUAAUGCGAGCAGAUAGUUGGUGGAAAGGACCACCAUGGUUGAUGCAGGAUAAAGAAUUCUGGCCGGUGGAAGGUGAGGAAUUAUCAUGUGAGAGCGUUCCAGAAAUGCGAAAACAAGCAAUAAUAGCGACAGCUGUGAAUUGUGAAGCGAUUAUUAAUUAUAAUAAAUUUUCUCCGUUAAAUAAGCUACUGCGAGUAGUUGCGUAUGUAUUAAGAUUUAGUCAUAAUAUACGAUGUGAAAAGAAAAGGCGUGAAAUAAGGGCAAUAACUGCUGAAGAACUCAAGAAGGCUAAGGCGUCUACUAUCAAGUUAAUACAAAAGGAAGAACUUAAAGAUGAUAUUAAGGCGUUGAGGGGCAACAACAAGGUCCGAAGAGAUUCCAAGUUAGUGUCGCUAUAUCCGUAUUUGGAUAGCAAUGGAAUAUUGAGGAUCGGAGGAAGACUGAAACAUGCGACGUUAUCUGACGAAGUUAAGCACCCUAUCUUGCUUCCCGCAUCGCAUUACUUUACCACUUUGGUAAUUUUGCAUCAUCAUGAAAGAUUAUUCCACGCUGGUGUCCAGACUUUAAAUUCCAUUAGGGAAGAAUUUUGGCCAAUCUUCGCAAAAAGUCGUGUGAAGAAGAUUCUACGAAACUGUGUAAGAUGUCGCAAGGCCCAUCCUAAAGCCGGCUGGCAAAUGGGAGAGUUACCGGCAGUCAGAGUUAACAUCAGCAGACCUUUCUAUAACUGUGGAGUAGACUACUGCGGCCCUUUCCUCGUCCGGGAUCGAAUUCGUCGCAACAGUAAGAAAUACAAGGUAUAUGUGGCUAUAUUCAUUUGUAUGGUCACAAAGGCGGUACAUAUAGAAUUAGUAGAAGACUUGACAACCGAGGCCUUCUUAGCCGCUCUAAAAAGGUUCAUCGCAAGAAGAGGCAAAGUGAAAAAUAUGUACUCGGACAAUGGAAGAAACUUUGUGGGUGCCGAUCGUAUACUACAACAAGCUUUAGAGGAUACGACGUUCAAUAGCACGGUGCAAGAGUUUGCAACUAAAGAGCAAAUAAGUUGGCACUUCAUACCUCCAAGGUCACCUCAUUACGGAGGUUUAUGGGAAGUAGCAGUGCGUUCUAUGAAGCUACUUCUAAAGCGUACUUUGGGUGAGGCGUGCCUGACAGUGGGAGAAAUGACGACCGUAUUGACUCAAGUAGAAGCGAUACUAAAUUCUCGACCUUUAACCCCCCUGUCCGAGGAUCCCAAUGAUAUGAAGGCUAUAACACCGGGGCACUUUCUAAUAGGAGAGAAUUUACAAGCUUAUUCAGAGGAGGAUUUACAAAAGGUACCCGAGAACAGGCUUUCUCGUUGGCAGCACGUUGAGCAGCUUAAGCAGCAGUUGUGGUCAAGAUGGCAACAGGAGUAUCUAACAACAUGCCAGCAAAGAAGUAAAUGGAAAAGAGAUAACGACAGCAAAUUCGUCGUUGGUCAACUCGUGAUGUUAAAGGAGUCGGGCAGUUUACCCCUUGAAUGGAUUUUCGCAAGAAUUACUGAAGUACAUCCAGGACUAGACGGAAAAAACCGGGCUGUUACCUUACAAACCAAAACGGGGAUUUACAAACGAGCAAUCACUAAUGUCGCUCCUAUAUCCGAUUAA